UGGAAGGAUGCAGAAGACCAAGUUUGCCACUUCUUCUUGGCUUGCUCAAAGGUUUGAUGAGGAUUUGAGAGAUAAUCCUAAUAUGUCUGUGACGGAUUUCAUGAAGAUUGUGAGGAAGAAUUAUGGCAUAGAUAUCACUGCAAACCAGUUUUACAAAGCCAAGAGCAUAGCUAGAGAGAGAAUACAUGGAAGUAUUCAAGAACAGUACGCAAAAUUGUGGGAUUACUGUGAAGAGUUGAAGACAAACAAUACAGGCAUCACUGUAUUAAUCAAGACUGAUUUGCAUGGGGACAACCCAGUAUUUAAAAGAAUAUAUAUAUGUUUUGGAGCAUUGAAGAAGGGCUUUAUUGCAGGAUGCAGGCCAGUUGUGGGUUUCAAUGGUUGUCAUGUGAAGGGAACUCAUCCAGGACAGAUUUUAUCUGCAGUUGGUAUUGAUGCGAAUAAUGGGAUGUACCCUAUCGCAUUUGCUGUGGUUGAAGUAGAAAAUACCGAGACUUGGACAUGGUUUAUGGAGAUUUUCUUCGCUGAUGUUGGGUGUGAAAAUGGUAAUGGUUGGGUGUUCAUGUCAGAUAAGCAAAAGGGUUUGGGGGAAGCCAUUAGGGAUUUGAUGCCCACUGUUGAACACAGGCAUUGUGUUAGACACCUCCACAAUAAUUUCAAGAUUGCUGGUCACAGUGGACUAGCAUUGAAGCAAAGGUUGUGGGCAGCAGCUAGAUCAACUACAAUACCCACAUUUGAAGCUGAAAUGGAGAAGAUGUUAUCUCAAUCAGAUGCAGCUUACAGAUGGCUUCAGGAAAGGCCAGCAAAUCAUUGGAGUAGGUCACACUUCAGUACUCAUUCUAAGUGUGAUAUGCUUCUUAACAACUUGUGUGAGUCUUUUAACUCAGCUAUUAUUGAAGCAAGGGAUAAGCCUAUUCUGACCUUACUAGAGAGAAUUCGAAGUUAUUUGAUGCUAAGAAUGGCUAGACUUAGAGAAACUGUUUGGACACAUGAUGUUGGUCCUAGGAUUUUUGGAAUUGUUGAGAAGCUAACAACUGAGAGUGCUCAAUGCAUAGCAUCAUAUGCUGGUGGGGGGAAAUAUCAAGUUAAUAACAUCCAUGGUGGAAUGUAUGUAGUGGAUUUGGAGAGGCACACCUGCACUUGCAGAAAGUGGGACUUAUGUGGAAUCCCUUGUUCACAUUCUAUGGCUGCAAUUGCCAGAACAGAGAAGAGCCCUUAUGACUUUCUACAUUCACUUUACAAAAGAGGUGCAUAUGACAGGGCUUAUGAGAGUUAUAUAUCUCCAAUGCCUAGUCAAGAAUACUGGAGAAAAACAGGCCAUAGACCCAUCAAGCCACCUCUUUACCACAAACAACCGGGAAGACCUAGAACAAGUAGGCAAAAGGAACCUGAUUAGAUACCAAAAAAUGCAACAAAGCUGAAGAGAUAUGAGAUUGUCAUUUCUUGUAAAUCUUGUGGAGGUGAAGGUCACAAUUCUGCAACUUGUGGAGCUGAAGGUCAUACUGGAGAAAGAGGUGGAAGACAGGAACAAGCUAGAGGCAAGGGAAGGGCAAUAAGAGUUCGAGGCAGGGGAAGGGGAACAAGUAUGCCAAGUGUUCCUGUCAGACAACCAGAUCAAGCUGACACUUCAAUCCAAGAUAGACCUUUUAGAAGAACAAAGCUUGGGGCGAGAAGAGGGGGGCAAAUGUUUGAACUAACAAGGCAGCUUGCUCAAACUGGUGCUACCUUACAAGGAAUUUAAAUUGGGCAUGCUUCUCAACCAAACUCAGAAAAUGUACCUCUAUCGAAAAGACCAAGGCCAUGGAGAGUGUAGCUGAGAUUUGCUGAUUUUGGUUUUUUGGAACACCAAAACAUUA